ACAACGAUGGUUACGGAUUUGGAAAACAAAGAUGAGUAAUUUCGUGUACAGAAUCAGUACUGCGCAGGAGUGGGAGGCGUUGCAGAAAAAUGGGUCCACUUUCGGUGGGGAGCUUGAUAGGUCUUCCGGUUUCAUCCAUCUCAGCAAGCUCGACCAGGUUCGGCCAACACUGCAUAAUUUUUUCUUGAACAGCAAGUUGGAACUCUACCUGCUUCAAAUUGAUGCUCAAAAGCUUGGUGAUGGUUUGAUUUAUGAAAUUGUGGAUGGUUCAAAUAGCUUCCCUCAUUUCUAUGGGCCAUCUAGAAGCUUUGUUCCUCUCUUACUUGAUGCUGUAACAAAGGCGGAGAAGCUGAUUCCCUCAGAUGGUGGAUUCAGUUGUAGUUUGCUUGAUUAAUUACUCUCCUGAUCGUACGUCAUCUUCUUCUUGUCUCAUUCUUCUUUGUAUUGUGUGAGGGUGUAGCGGGAAUGCUUGCUGCCUAUAUCUAUCUCUGUAAUUGAUGUAUCGAUAAUCCUUCUCCUGGAUUGGAUGCACAAAAAUGAAGGAAAACAAUUGUCCUAUAAUUGAAGGUUAAAUGUAGUAAUAAUCUCAACAUAAUGUAUUCUUCAAGAGUUUCGCAUGUUCACUAGUAUAGGUGAUAGAGGGAAAAUGGUGUAAGUUAUAACUAAUCCACAUUAGUACAUAUUCUCUG